CUUCGUUAUGUAUUCCUCCGCUCACUAUCCAGAUGAUACAGUAGAUCACGCACUCGCACCAACCUUCCAACCAUCAUGGUUGUAUCCUUCCGCACUCUCCAUGCGCCCGUCCUUCUCGUCGCCACCUGUCUGACCUUCGGCGGCAUGAUCCCCUUCUGGAACCCCCACGGAGCCAUUCUUGAAUUCGGACUCCCCGAGCGCAUUGCCGUGUCAGAGGCGGCCCACGCCAGCUUCAUCAUCAGCGGGGCGCGCGUGUCGGCCCUCGGGAUGGCCAUCUGGGUCUUCUAUCUUCAGGGCAAGCUCGCCGCGGUGGAUACGAUCUUGGCAUUGCUCUUCUAUGUCGGCGCUGUUGAUGCCUACGUGUGCUGGCAGCAGGAUGUGCCCACGAGUGCAAUCUUCAGGGCGGUUUCGGGCAUUGUCAUUGGAGGUUGGGGAAUGCUGGGUUUGACUGCACGGCAGGCUUGACGAUCGUGAAACACAAUCUCGGCGGCAACCCGCAACAAGUGGACAGAUCAAUCCGUACUUGGGAGCAUAUUGUUGGUACGUGGGGGAUACAGACAUGACGGUGCUGCAUCAACCACGAUAGGACGCCUUCAUCUUCUCGUCCAAGUCUUGACUGGGCAGCGUGGUAGAUUCGACCCGACGGCGGAAGGUGAGCAGGAAGACAAAUAAACCGAGAGGAGAAAUCUUCGUAGAAUUACGUUGAGCUCA